GAGUCAAAACUGAGCUGGACUUUUUGCAAACCAAAACUUCUCCCUCUAAAAACAUUUACUAUUGAGAAAUUAGAAAAGUUGCAGAAGGAAGCAGAGGAAAAGUUGAUGAACUCAAACUUGUCAAGCGAAUAAAACCCAAAAUGACUGUUGGACCUCUUGUCACAGAAAUUACUUGCACAUUUAUUGUUGCAGCUUCUAUUUUGUACCGUUAUGGAGACUGGUUCAGGCACCAUUUAAUAGUCACUCUCUCUGUGUUAAUAGCAUGGUAUUUUUCCUUCCUUAUCAUAUUCAUUUUACCUCUGGAUGUUACAUCGACUGCCUACAGGCAAUGUAUUCAGGAACAUACUUCUUUUAUCGAAGAACUGCAAUUAAAUGAUACUGCAAAUGCAAGCACAACAGCAGUUCCUCAUGUUAUCCCAUCAAAUGAAACUUCAGUCUGCAAGCUCCCCUGGAGCUAUGUGCCAGAAAAUGUGCUGCCGCAGCUGUGGAGAGUGCUGUACUGGACUUCACAAUUCCUUACAUGGUUUGUGCUUCCACUCAUGCAGUCAUACACUAAAGCUGGAGAUUUCACUGUCAAAGGAAAGUUGAGGUCCUCUUUGAUCGAUAACGCAAUUUAUUACGGGAGCUACCUCGUAAUAGCCACUAUUCUUCUUAUAUAUCUAGCGGCUAAACCGGACUUUGAAUUUGAUUGGCCAAAACUAAAAGCGAUCGCAGCAUCUGCAAGCAAUACUUGGGGGCUAUUUUGGUUAGUUUUGUUGCUAGGGUAUGGUCUCGUGGACAUCCCUCGCUCUGUAUGGCGCAGUGCUAUCCCAGGGCCUUUGCUGUCCCGCCUCUAUUUCAAAGCAGCCAAAUUGAAUGCUGAAAAGAGUGAGGCUGAAGAAAACUUGGAAGACUAUUUAGAGGCGCUUCAGGUCGCACUGAAUCGCAUUCCACCUAGUGACCCAUUGCGAAAGAAUGCCGAAACCAUUUCUGACAAAUUGCCACUGGAAUGGCGAGAGCGCAUGAAGCGCAAGUCUGUCAACACCAAUCAGAUGAACGAUAGCGAUCUAAAUGAAAAGUCACUUGUUCGCCUACACAGACAAGUGAUUCGAGCACUACAACGUCAGCACAGGACAGAAACCCAGUGGCAUAAUUUGGUGGAGAAAAUCUUUGAUCUUGAGGAUGUCCACCGUAAUAUCGGUAGCCAUGAACACUACUUUAAGCCAUCAUUUGAAUCGAGUCGACCAAACUGGGUAGCAUGGAUUCGCAGUCCCACGAUAGAGUGGUACUGGAAAUGCUUGCUGAGACGAUAUGUCUGUCAAGGACUGGCAAUGAUUUUGGCUCUUCUGUCAGUGUUGGUGGUGUGGUCCGAGUUGACGUUUUUCAAUGCCAGUCCUGUUUUGUCCAUCUUUGCUAUUUUUGUCAACUUGGCCAAGGAAUACUAUGACUACCUCUCGAUUGAACUGGUUUCAAUUGCCACCAUCGCCUACAUGUGCGUGUGCGCUUAUUCGACAGUGUUGAAAAUUCGCGUACUCAAUUUGUAUUAUCUGGCACCCCACCACCAAACGGACGAGUAUAGUUUGAUCUUUUCGGGAAUGUUACUUUGUCGGUUGACUCCGCCCAUGUGUUUGAACUUCCUUGGCCUGAUUCACAUGGACAGCCACAUUAUCAAAGCUCGUCUGAUGGAAACCUAUUACACUCAAAUUAUGGGGCACAUGGAUGUGUUGCCCAUCAUUUCGGACGGUUUCAACAUCUACUUCCCCAUGGCCAUUUUGGGACUAUGUCUGGCCACUUACUUCUCACUGGGAGCUCGCUUCCUUACCUUCAUCGGAUUCCAGCAAUUUGUAGACGACGAAGAUGAUAUUACGGCCGAUCUGUCUGACGAAGGAAGAGAGCUUAUCAAACGGGAGAAGCGGAGGCGUCAGAGAGCUGAAGAUAAUGAAUCCCGACGUCGAAAUGUCGAAGUUGCCAGCAGUUCCUCUCGAGCCGAGCGCGUUCGUGAAACUGGAGGUUUACUAGUAAAGCGAGAAUCGUCACGCUCGGAGCUGUUCGGCUCUACAUCCGACAACAUGAGCAAUGAAGAUGAUCGAUACGAUCAGCUUUUCAUGCAGGCCAGUCGGAGAAUCGGCGACGACGUUGGUUCCACACCGGCGACUUCUGUGACAGGGUCGUCCGACUAUCGUUCCAGUUACACGCGCAGCGGACCGCCACGAAAUUUUUUUGAUGACGUUUAGAUUUCGGGAUUACCUGGAAACGGGAGAAUUUUGGAAUCUCUACCUGCUUCUCAUUCUCGUCUGAUCUUCAGUUGCCACCAGCGAAUUCCUCAUUUUGUGCGAUAGCCCUUAGAAAACAAAAUGUUCUCGUACAGUUUGCCCUCCUUUAUUUAUUGGUCCUCGCAUACUACAAUUUAAUAGUAUCAUUGAAUGUGUUCUACUAUUCAUCUAUUAUAAGGCCCCGGUACCAGAUUAGUCUCCUUUCUUUUUCUUGUAUUAAGUGUGUGCUGUUGUUUAUCUUUUCUUCUUUUCCCCGUGUCUUUAUAAUGAAAUUCUGGUUAUUUAAA